GAUUUCAGGGGUCAGAUGGGUUUGUCAGAGGAGGACCAAAAGAAGGCCCAGGACCUCAGAUUUCAACUUAAUGAAGAAACCGAUGCAGAGAAAAGUGCAAAAGAAUUUACCCAAGCAGUUGAGAUUGGAAGCAAUGUGCAUGAGACCCAGAUUGAUGUGGUUGGAUGCUGCCAAGGUGCCGGAAACUCUUCUUGUUGCCAGAAUCCAAGUCCAAAGGAAAAAAUUAAAAGCAAUCAAGUCAAUGGAGAGGGGGUGAAGAGCAACAAAGUAAGAGCAAGCAAUAGUGGCAAAGGGGCUUGCACUCGCAAAGCGUGUGCAAUGCCAACAUGGUUCGAGAGUUGGGAAUGGGAGGACACAUAUGCAGCCCUUGCAGUCGUUGGGGCAGUUGUGUCAGUCGCCAUAGCUUACAGCUGUUACAGGCAGUUGAGAUAAGAAGUUUUUACCUUCACAAGUUAUAGUGGGUAAAUUUUUUUUUUUUCUUUGAUUUUUGUAUUGUAUUCUACAUUACAUAGGGCCUAGAAUUUGGUUGUAUUUUGUGUAUGAUCUAUAGAAAAUCAAAGAGAAGAAGUCCAAUCUUUCUAGAAAAUAGGCAACUAAGUUACAUGACUUGGGCGGUGAUCUUUAUUGCAAUUAAUUCAAAAAAUCCCAUCUUUGCUUCUA